GUUUGUGGGGCUGUUCGUUUUCAUGUUGCGCUUUGAAUGCGGAGCAGAAAAUAUUUAUGAGUUUUAGAGGAACUACAGAGGGAAGAACAAACAGCGGGAUGGACAGUCGAGCUAACAGCGAUGUGUUCUUUCUGCUUGAUGAGAAAUUUGACUUCGAUGUUUCAAUGUCACCUGCCAGCUCCAUCGACGAUGAUGAUGAAGACGAGGUGUUUGUGGGUCCUGUCAGCCAUAAUGAGAAGUGUGUCAGUGCUGGUGUGGUGUCUCGGCUCCAGGAUGGCAGCGACGGUGUGCGGGUGAGCUGGAGCCCGCUGAGUGGAGAUCAGCUGGAGGCAGUGUGUCAGGAAGCCACCAGACUAGCCAACCAGCUACAGAGUGGCGAGUCUCACAGCGAGGACGCAGACGUCACCGACAUGACCACCAACACCACGGCCGAAAGAGAAGAGUUUGUCGAGGACUCUAAGGCCAAACUGGGCAUGUUGGGUCAGACUGCCAGUGCCCUCAGCCCCAUCAAACGACAGACUUUCUCCGUGCAGGACAGUCCCAUGAAGGAGCUGCCACCUGCCAUCCAGCGCAGCCUGCUUAGAGGCAACUCAUCCACCCGCCCUUCUGCUCCAACAUUGUCCACCCGCCCUUCUGCUCCAACAACAUCAUCCACCCGCCCCACAACCAGACUCAGCACUUCCAGCCCUGUGGUUGGAUCCAAGGCCCCGUCCAGGAUGUCACUGCGAGGAAAAGCUGCCCUGGGCGUUGCUGUUGUGCUGCCAAGCAAGCCAGCUGCUCCAACAACUUCCUGUUCAGCCAGCAAGAGCAAGGUGGAAAAAACUAGACUGCAACUACCAAGAAAAGUGGUAGGGGGUUUGAGACAGAGCCCGUCCUCUCGUCUCUCCAGCAGAGCAGAAUCGAAUGAGGAUCUGCUCUCUGAUUCAGCGAGUGUGGCCUCUGACAUCAGCGACUCCUCCCUCAACUCCAGCCUUCUGGGAAAACGCACACUGGCUCCACCCACCAAGAGUGUUGGAGUGAGGAACCUGUCGGGUGUGAAAGCUCCGCCCCUUCAGAGCAGAAGAGUGACAGACAGAAAGAACACGUCCUCAUCUUCAUCCUCUGUGUCCAGCUUUAACUCCAGCAUGUCGCUAUCCCCCGCUAAAGGCAAACUGAACUCUUCUCUGAACCGGAGUCUGAGCAGCUCCACUGGCCUCGCCCCCAGCAGCGUCAGCAGACCUCGCCGCUCCACCGUCUACACAGCUGCAGAGCCUGCGACCUCCACCGCUGGCCGCCGCUCGCUUUCGACUCAAGCCAAGAAGCUUUCCGAGACGGAGCGUGUCAAAGCUGCCAGAGCCACACCGCGAAAGAGAGCUGAGGCCACGCCCCUCCAGUCAGUACCCGCCAAGAGACUUUUAGAGAAGACCUCCUCCACCACCUCCUCAGGCCGGCCACAGAGCGGAUUGAAGCCCAAAUCUAAACCUGAGGCUCUGGUCCCUCCAACACCCAGCACAGGAGGAAAAGGAGCCCACCUGGCAGAUGACGUCUCCAAGGGGUUGAAACCAAAGCGGCUGAUGUCUACUAGCAGCGUGGAUAGUCUUCCUCAGAAGGUAUCUGCUGGGUCUCUGACACCCUCUACCAGCAGCAGCAAGCCACUGCAAUUGAAGGCACGCCGCCCCUCUGCCCUCCCCACCCCAGUGAAGCGCAGGAUGUCUGCCCUCCCUGCCCUCACGCCCACCAACCAAACCCGGACUGUAAGGCCACCAGCCAUCUCGAACUCUGACUCUGCCCCAACCUCAGCUAGGAAACAGCACAGCUGCAGCCCGCUCCCCACAGACACACAGGAGGAGGAGCUCGCUGAGGCGCUCCACAUCCAGCCCUUCUGUCUGGAGGAGGAGGAGGUGAGGAGGUGAAGGAGGAGGACCUUCUUACUCCACCAUCAAACACUCAACAGCUCGACCAAUCGGAGAGCACAGAUCCUGAAGCACUGAGUCAGGAUGAGUCAGUGCCCAGCAGAAACCUGAUGGAACUGGAGACCACAGAGGAGAGCAACAGCAAGACACAGGAGGUUCUUUUGCUGGAUCUUCCACCUCCAACUCUGCACCCUCAAGAGAAACUGCUCAUCGAUUUGACCAACACACCCGACCUGAUCCGGACCAGUAGUAAGACCUGCACCACAACUCAGCUGAUUGACUUGAGCUCUCCACUUAUCAAGUGGAGUCCAGAUGACAAAAGGGAGAACGCUCCGCUCAUCAACCUGUCCUUCUGAUCUGCAUCCUGCUGAAGCCCUUCAUCUCUGCAGUUAACUAGACUGAGUAUUUGUAUGUCUUCAGAAAUUCCAAUAGUAAUCAUAUCCUUGAUUGAUCUAGAGUUUUGUCAGUGAAGUGUUUACUGAAGCUGGGUAUUGUGUUUUAAAUGGUGAAAACAUUCUGAGCUUGCUGAAAUGUUUUGGCAUAUGAUUAUACUUUUAUUUGUGUCCAUUGCUGCUGUUAAUUAAUGUUGGAAUAAAUGUUCUUAAUGUCACUACUGUAAACGUU